AAUACCUAUGAGCCUGACUGUACAUAACCAUCAAUGUUUACACUAGAUGUCAAGUUUAGAACUACCAUAAACACUGUCAUACCACAAGUAUACAGAAAUGAUCUAAUUAUCUACAGUAUAACUUCAGACUCUGAAGUUGAGAUAUGGAUUUGUCUGAUCGUAAUGACCCAAUCUGAUAAAUAUUCCAAAUUUGGCAAAGGUGACAGUGUGAGUUCAUCUUACCUGACUUUAUAACAUUAAUGCCAACGAGUAUUCAUAUCAAUACGGUCAUUUAUAUGCUUAAACUGUUCAUUAAGUGAUGCUUGGAAUAAAUACAUUUAAAUGAAUGAAUGAAUGAAUGAAUAAACAACUCCGACGAUCAAUAACAGGGUUAGGUUAGAGGACACCUUUCUGUAAAAAAAAAAAAAAAAGUGCUUUCAACGGUUAAACAAAGAGAUGCUGUCUCAUGGGGACUGGAACAGCACGCAUAGUCUUCCAUCACAGCGACAAGGAACAGAGGAGAGGAGAGGAGGGGAGGGGAGGAGGAGAGGAGGGGAAGGGGGGGCAGCGACAGAAGGCUUGGAGGACGCUUUCAGUAGCCUUAUAUUGCCCUUUUUUCGGCAUUAUCCCCUCCGCGCGUCUUUGUUCGAAUCCCAGCGAUUCUUGCGAAACAGAUGGUGUCCCGCACGCGCUCCCUUCGUCCAAUCUCUUGUGCCAGAAUCAGCUGACUCGCGUGGACAGCGCCAGGUGCGCGAGCCCGUUAUUUUCUCUGUGAAGCGCGUGCCGCUCCAGUGUGCAGACACCACCGGUGGCAUAUCGCCGUUCUCUCUAAUCGGACCAUGCGGAAAAUCCGUGUGGACAUAACUAAGGGGUACCCAAAUAAAACAUAUGGCUGAAGGGUUCGCGUCGUAUGGAGUUGAGGAGCAGCACGGUACUAACAAAUAAGUCUCACAUCGCCUUCUGGAUUGUUCCCCUUGUUUAUUCACGUUUCUCUCUGUAAGGACAUUGCACGCACUGAGGGAGGAGGCCGGUGCAACUGAAACGUGCACGCCAAAGAGACCCAGUUGCACUGACCUGAUAUCAGACUGUCUGAGUCUACAGGGAAUCUUCUGGGGAAACUACCACUUUGAAUUUCAGUGCCACUGUUACUCAAGUUUUUAAAGUAUAAAAGGUUGAUGCAGUUACACUUCUGAACACUUGAUGAAAGUCUCACCAUACAGCCCAAAUCUUUUUGCUUCUUUGGGAAUCCAACCCAUUUUUGAUCAGAAUUGCUAAAAUGGCUAUAGGGAAUGCAUUCUGUGUUGCUCAGCCUUGUUUAAUUUUUAUAUUGGCAUUACUUACAUUCUCUUCUGUUGAUGCUACAGAGUGUCCGCAACUAUGUGUAUGUGAAAUCCGGCCAUGGUUCACACCCCAGUCUACUUACAGGGAAGCUAUAACUGUAGACUGCAAUGACCUUCGUCUUACACGCAUCCCUGGAAAUCUGUCAAGUGACACGCAGGUGUUGCUGUUGCAGAGUAACUACAUUGCCAGGACAAGUGAGGAACUGGAGCAGUUGCUAAAUCUGACUGAACUGGAUCUUUCCCAGAACAACUUUACCAAUAUUCACGAUAUAGGCCUGACCAACAUGUCCCAGCUCACCACACUACAUCUGGAGGAGAACCAGAUUGUUGAGAUGCCUGACUUCAGCCUUCAGGACCUUACAAACCUUCAGGAGCUUUAUAUAAACCACAAUCAAAUUAGUUCCAUUGCAGCUAAUGCAUUUGCUGGUUUGCGCAACUUGCUAAGGCUGCAUCUGAACUCAAACAAACUCAAAGCUAUUGAUAGUCGUUGGUUUGAAUCAACUCCUAACCUUGAGAUCCUAAUGAUUGGGGAAAAUCCUGUUGUUGGUAUUCUGGAUUUGAAUUUUAAACCUCUUGUUAACCUUAGAAGUUUGGUAUUAGCGGGGAUGGAACUUACUGAUAUACCUGGCAAUGCUUUUGUUGGACUGGACAAUCUUGAGAGCCUCUCUUUCUAUGAUAAUAAACUUGUGAAUGUUCCUCAAAAUGCUCUACAGAAACUAGCAAAUCUGAAAUUUCUGGAUUUGAACAAAAACCCUAUACACAAAAUCCAGGAGGGGGACUUUAAAAACUUGUUAAAGCUUAAAGAACUUGGUAUUAAUAAUAUGGGGGAGCUUGUCUCUAUUGAUCGUUUUGCCCUGGAUAAUCUGCCAGAAUUGACCAAACUUGAGGCCACCAAUAACCCCAAGUUGUCGUACAUUAGCCGAAUAGCAUUCCGUGACGUUCCAUCUCUUGAGAGUCUCAUGCUCAACAACAAUGCCCUAAACUCUGUUUACCUGGCAACAGUAGAAUCUUUACCCAACCUGCGGGAGAUCAGCAUUCACAGCAACCCAUUGCGGUGUGAUUGUGUUAUCCAAUGGAUGAGUUCAAAUAAAACAACCAUACGAUUUAUGGAACCUCUUUCAAUGUACUGUGCAAUGCCACCUGAGGUCAGAGGCCAGCGCAUGAGAGAUGUACUUUCACAUGAAUCUGCUGAGCAAUGUUUGCCAAUGAUAUCCCAUGAUACCUUCCCUAACCAUCUUAACCUGGAUAUUGGCAUGGCCGUAGACCUUGACUGUCGUGCAAUGGCAGAGCCUGAACCAGAGAUAUACUGGGUGACACCAUUAGGUAACAAGGUCAUGAUGGAUACUGUGUCUGAUAAGUACCAUCUGAACAGUGCCGGAACACUACAUAUAUCAAACAUUCAGGCUGACGAUUCUGGCCGCUACACCUGUGUUGCUCAGAAUACCGAGGGUGCUGACACCAGAGUGACUGCAAUCCGGGUCAAUGGUACUCUCCUGGACAGCACUCAGCUUAUGAAAAUAUAUGUAAAACAGACAGAGUCCCACUCAAUACUGGUGUCCUGGAAGGUAAACUCCAAUGUAAUGACUUCUAACCUCAAGUGGUCUUCAGCCACCAUGAAGAUUGACAACCCCCACAUCACCUACACAGCCAGAGUCCCUGUAGAUGUUCAUGAGUAUAAUCUGACACACCUUCAACCAGCUACUGAAUAUGAGGUCUGUCUCUCAGUUUCCAAUAUUCACCAACAGACUCAAAAGUCUUGUGUAAAUGUCACAACAAAACAUUCCACUUUUGCUGUAGAAAUAUCUGACCAAGGCACCAACACAGCUCUUGCUGCUGUCAUGGGUACAAUCCUGGCUAUCAUAAGCCUGGGGUUCAUCUCUGUCUAUAUUGCCAAGAGAUGGAAAAGGAAGAAUUACCACCACUCCCUCAAAAAGUACAUGCAGAAAACCUCUUCAAUUCCUCUUAAUGAGCUAUACCCACCUCUCAUCAAUCUGUGGGAUGUAGACACUGAAAAGGACAAAGAUGGCUCCUCAGAGCCAAAGCCAAGCCAGGUUGACACAACAAGAAGCUAUUACAUGUGGUGAAGUCCAUAAAACUGUUGUUUUGGAGCACAAAGACACGUUUUACUUAUUUGUGCAAAAAUGAAAGUGGAUUUGUUCUCUGCAUUGCUUAUUUGCAACAACUACACUGCCAGUCAAAAGUUUUUGAACAAAUGGAGUUUUUGUGUUAUGUUUUAUUACAGUGUUGCAAAAUUAAACAAGUGCUUUUAUUUUGCUUUGUUAUAAUGUUUUAUUAAAGGCAAGUGCACUUGUUUGGUGAACCAGUUACUGCAAGACUGUAAGCCUAUAUAAGUGUGCACUGAGACUGUGAUCCUGCAGGACUCAGCAAAAAAGGUGUGGGAGCAGGUGGUUUUUAAUUUCAUGUGGGUGGGAGCAGGCAAUGAGAUAUGAAGGACAAAGCAAGGCCACAUUCAUUAACAUGGGAGCAUACAGAGUGCUCACGUGAAACAGGGUACAUUUAUGUUCAGUAACUGUUUUAAUAUUUAGGGUGACAAUGGUUUAAAUGACUAAUUUGUAUAUAUUUUAGGAAAUAGAACCAGUUUAGAUAACUAGAAAAUAUUGCGAGUCAGUACAAAAAAUAAUAAUCAUUAUAACAGAAAUAAUUACAAAAACAGGCUGGAUUGGUCUGUAGCAGCAGGCAGGAUUAGCCACAAGUGUCUGCAGGAUUGGUAAGAAUUUCUUCAGGGGGAGAUGGGGGAAAAAACAGUCCCCCAAACACCUCUACUACAAGUGCCUAAUUAGAAUUAUCCAGGAGUUUCCAGUUAGAUCUAAGUUUUUCCCAAUAAAAUAAAAUAUUAUCAAUGUUUCUCAGUUCAUUUAUAACUAUUUCUUACUUAGAUUUUCUAAUUCUAGAGUAUUUACCUUGAACCCAUUUUUUUUUUAUUAUUAUUAUUAUUUUUAUUUUUUACUUUAACCAAGAGUUUGAAUAGAGGGAUUCAGAAACUUUUGAUUGGCAGUGUAAAUGGACUAAUGAUUCAUAUAUUUUAGUAGAGCAUAUUACUUUUUCUUCUUAGCUCAAUAUUGCAGCUUUGUUUAGUUUCUGAGACACGUUAGUAGCUGUGCUUUUUAUGUUCAGUAUAUUUUAAUAGCACAGCAUAGAUAAUGUCAAAGAUUAUUUUGGGGUCAGUUGAUGCUGUAGCAGUUUGAUGCAGUACUAUACAAAUGUCUUUGGCAGUAUUCAUAUAGAAUGUAAAGUUUCUUUUUCUCUUUUGUAAAACAGUUUAUCUGUUGUGCACUGAAAUAUAUUAAGAAUUUUGUCCAUGGACUACAGUGUAAGCUGACAAAAUGAUUUUAGACUUGAGAUACUGUCUAUUAAAUGAUGUUAGCAAUUGUUCUGUAAUGUUGUAUCAACUAUAAUUUUAACUUUUUUUAAUCAAACAUUAAAUUUUGAUUUAGAACUUAAAGGUAAUAGUUCUACAUUUUGGAUUUGUUUUUAAACAUAUUCAAGGUAAUACUAAUAAAUUAAUCAGUAGCAUUUUCUACUUCUCUGCAUGUGGUUUGAUUGUCAGAGAUGCCUAGUUCUACUUCCACCGGGGUGCUUUCUUUCCGAAACAAGUGUGCUCAUUUCCUACAAUACCAAUAGAAAAUUUGUCAAUUUAUAAAAAAUUUAUUUUUAACCUCAGUAGGGUACAGUAUUAAUAAUUCGAGAGAUUGUCAUCCUCACUAAAGUACAGUACCAAUGGAUUAAUUGAAUGAGGGUUAGCAUCACACUUACUGUCAUCAUUCAUCCUAAAACAAUGCAGCAGCACUUAUUUUAAGCGCUGUCCAGGGAAUAAAUUUUCCAUGGAACGCUUUCAGAAGUGUUAUGUAUGAACCAUUGUGAUGACAUUGCUAUGCGGUCUACACAAAUUCCAGAUGGAAACGCUUCUGGUUGUCUGAAACAUUAGAACGUAGAAUAGUACGUUACAUGUUUAACCGUGGUUCUGUGACUAAAUGGAGGACUGUCCAGCCAUCUGAGUCAAUCAGGUGAAUAAGAAUGGCCAGAGGAUUUGCAUGACGUAGCAGGGGCCUUUUAUAGGCUACACAGGUGAGGUCAC